GCAUCAUUGUCGCGUAUUAGAGGCAUAAUGAUGUUGGCGAUUACUGAAUGUGACUUUAAGAGCGCGCUGUAACUCGAGCCUCGUGCAGUGACAGCUGUAGCAGUGAGGGGAAGAGAGAGCUCUGUUACUGACCACUCGAAAAUAACGUGUCUGUCUUUUGUUACUAACUUUUAAGACUGUCUUUUGGCGACCAUGGCCGACCGAUUCGGUAGGACGUAUAUAGUUGCGUUUGCGCUUGUGGCCACUGUAUUACAAGUCAGUGCAAAUGAGGAGAUCCAGUUAAUCGCAGAUAAGUUUAAAAACUACAAUAAAAAUAUUCGACCAGCAAGACACCCUGAUGAAAAAGUCAAGGUUCAGGUCAAGUUGACUCUAACCAACCUCAUCUCUUUGAAUGAAAAAGAGGAGACUUUAACUACAAAUGUUUGGAUUGAGAUUCAAUGGCAUGAUUACCGUCUUGCAUGGAAUACAUCUGAGUAUCACGGCAUUGAUCUGAUCCGUGUGCCAUACAACACUGUGUGGCUACCAGAUAUAGUUUUGGAAAACAACAUUGAUGGCAAGUUUGAUGUGGCAUAUUACGCUAAUGUGUUGAUUUCGAGUGAUGGCUCCAUGUACUGGCUUCCCCCUGCCAUCUAUCGCAGUACCUGUGCUAUUGAGAUCACCUACUUCCCUUUCGACUGGCAAAACUGCACACUAGUCUUCAGGUCUCAGACAUACAGUGCAAAUGAAAUUGAUAUGGUAUUGGCAGAAGAUGGAGAUACAGGAAAGCCUAUUGAGUGGGUGGACAUUGACCCUGAGGCCUUCACAGAGAAUGGGGAGUGGGCAAUCAAGCAUCGUCCUGCUCGUAAGCUGACAAACUCACGCUACUCUCCUGAUGAUCUGGAGUACCAAGAGGUGUAUUUCAACCUCAUCAUCCAGAGGAAACCACUCUUCUACAUAAUCAACAUCAUCCUUCCCUGCUCUCUCAUCUCCUCUCUGGUCGUACUGGCCUUUUUUCUACCUGCAAAAGCUGGAGGGCAGAAGUUGACUGUGUCCAUUUCUGUAUUGUUGGCUCAGACUGUGUUUCUCUUCCUGAUCGCUCAGAAGAUCCCAGAAACAUCACUUUCUGUGCCUCUUAUUGGCAAGUAUUUAAUCUUUGUCAUGUGUAUGACCACACUGAUCGUGACCAACUGCAUCAUUGUCCUCAACUUCUCCCUCCGUAGUCCUAGUACACACAACAUGUCACACACCAUCAGACAUAUUUUCCUUGAGGUGGUCCCACGUUUCCUUGGCAUGACUUUGUUUCUGGAUGAGGAGGAGCCGGGGGGUGGGACGUGUGAAAUGAGGGAGAGGCGGCGCAGUUCCUUUGGGCUGAUGCAAAGGGCUGAAGAAUAUGUUUUGAAACAGCCACGCAGUGAGAUGAUGUUUGAUAAACAGAGAGAGAGACAUGGACUCAUGCGCUCAAUUGUGGAUGAAAUUGAUGUGACCAGUACGGCAAACCUCUACAAGAGUCUGGCAAAGACUGCACCAGAAAUAAAAGAGUGUGUGGAUGCCUGUAACUUCAUUGCUGAAUCCACUAAGCAGCAAAAUGACAUUGGAUCUGAGAUGGAGAGUUGGGUGCUGAUCGGUAAGAUGAUUGACAAGGUUUGUUUCUGGGCAGCCAUCUUGCUAUUCUCUGUUGGCACAGUGGCCAUCUUCCUUAUGGGUCACUACAACCAGGCACCUGAUUACCCAUUCCCUUGGGAGAACAAAAAGUACUUACCUGAGUAGAGAAGAAGACUCUGUCCAAAAAGAAAGAGAGGAACUAGCAAAGAGCCUGCUGCUGUAUGCUUAUGUGAUAUAUAAAAUAAAUACCAAGACAGGUUUUAUAGCUGUAGAGUACAACAAGCAGCACAUUAUUUGAUCAGGAUUGUAUGACUUGUUACAUUAUCUUGUCUUAUAUUUGAUAUUAGGGACUAUGGGUGUCCAUGCAUGCAUUAACAACAUUUUGUACUCUGAUCAUGCUCAGAUUUUUUACACUAGGGGGAUUUUUACAGAAAUGUUCAUUUUGCUUGUAUUGGUGCAAACAAUAUUAAUUAGUGAAAAAAAUAAGGAAUAAAUAAACUAAUGUUUUCAGCUUAUUUCAGACCAUGUAGUUGUUAUCUAGUUCAUUGUGGCUGCAUUUGGUAACACCCCAAACCAGUUUAUCAUCAGCUAUCAAACUGUAAUGUAACAAUAUGCGUUACUGUUAACAGUGUGUUACAUCAGCCACUUUUUAUACAGUUCUCAGUGGCCAUCACUGUAGUAUUUAAUAUAAGUAUUGUAGAGAUGCAUGUUCAUUUUUGUUUGUUCCAUGUUAUCUUAUGUAUCUCUUUGUCAUAAAAUGUUAUUUUAAUUUUACUUAUGCAAUUUUGCAUUAAGUUUAUGAUUUACUAUAAACUCUUUAUAUAUACAAAAAAAAUAUUGUGGCCUAUUUGCAGUGAAUAAAUGGAUUCUUAAUUCACACUGUCUUAAAAUAUCCUGUGCAAACGCACAAGAAACAAGUUUGAUAUCUGCUUUUUAGAACAUUUUAAAAUCCUUAUUAAGCACUGUGCUUUUGUGAUUUUUCUAUGUGCACCAAAGACAGAGAAUAAAAUAACUGACAUAAUAUAAAAAUCUGAUUCUUUUUUUUUUUUCUUUUUCUUUUUUUGAGCUUGGCUACCACAAAUGUAAAAUGGUACAAAUUUUGUUACUGUUGUAACUUUUCAAAGGUUCUACAGGUCCUUUACAGCUACCAAUAGCCUAUAUGUACUAUUUGGUGAAUAAUGAUGGACCUUCAGUAGCACUGGUUUUACCUAAUGAGCUUUCAUCUUGAUUUACUUCACCGCUUUUAAAGUGGAAUUAUACAUUUUAGGAAUUAUAAAUAAAGAAUUUUGUAACCACUCUGACUUUAUAAUUUUUAUAUUAAAAUGUUUUUACAGUGCAUAUUUUUCAAUCAAAAAGUGAUAUUUUUUAUAGUGAUAUAUAUUUUAUUUGUACAGUGACUACCUAAAUUCCAUGUACCGUAACCCUGAAAGUGUUAAUUUCCUGUCAUACCCUGUGGUUUCUUUCGCAUUUGUUUCCUGUGGUCAGCAUUCUCUGAGUGUAUCCUCUGAUGUGGGUUUUAUCAGUGUGUUGUUUGAGUUUUAACAAACCGUUUCAGCAGUACAGAUGCUUCAUCACCUCUGAGGAUUCUGUGAUAAGACGCUGCUUAUCACAUCUGCAUCUUCCGCGUCGCAUCUAUGCAAAUUACGGUGGAGAUAUGAAGCGUUUGCGCUAGAGACAAAUCCAGCAAACCUACGCAUUGGGAGUUGUGAUGGGGGAUAAGUUAUGUAGAAGUUCGAGUCUAACUGGGAAAUAACAAUCUACGAAACUACAAGGUUCCAGAAGAGCGCUUAGGCCUAAUCGCGACAGUUUCCUUGGUGAUUAGAGGAACAGUGGAAACUGAAGCCUCAUCCGGGUUACCAGGUAGAAGCAGGUUUGGAGAGAUUUUUGAAGAGGGAAAGUGUCUGAGAAAGGAAAUCAAAGAUUGUUGAUUCCUGUGUGCAGUUCCUUCUAAGUAAGUGAUUUUAGCUGUGGUUUUCAUGUCUAGGCAAAACAGUUGCAAAUGAUGAAAUCAUCAAAUGCAAACAGCUGUAUUAUCUCAAGAGUCAUUUUACGCAUACAGGGUUUUAUGAUUUGUUUGAUCUGUUAUAAGUUUAUUAUGUGUUGAAUAUCUCCUUCUCUUUCUUCCAGCUCUUUUCUAGUUUACUUGAACUUCUGUCUCCCUUCCACUGUGUCUAUUGUUUCACCUGCAGCCUGGUUGUCUGCCCUCAGUGGGCACAGUCAGCCAGUGCAAAACCCUCUAAUACCCUCUAUCUGCCCUACUGUUCACUUCCUUAACAUCAAAUGUUUAAUAUUUGAAUUUAUAACACAGUCCCAUUCAAAGGUUGGAUGUCAAAAUGUCUAUUUUUCUCAAAAAGUAUAAACAAAUUCAAUGGAGUUACAUUGGCACCCGGUGGCUGUUUGUGGUAUAACACCUAAACAAAAUUGCAUAGGUACCUACUUUUUUUUUGUAUCAACUUCAAAUUUGGAACACAACUUAUUUAGAUAUAUGGCUUUAAUUUUAUAGCAAUUCUGGAUUAAAACAUUUUAGAAAAUAUUUAUUUUACAUAAAAUAUAAUAAAUAGUAGAGUACAUUUUCUUUACAGUAAAUUUAAACGUCUAUAACUUUUAAUCUAUAUGCUUUCAUGUAGGGCUGAAACGAUUCCUCAAGUAACUCGAUUACAAAAAAUGAUCGAGGCAAAUUCCUCUGCCUCGAAGCCUCUUUCAAUUUAUUUUAAAUCUCAUGUCAGGUUCUUUCGCAAUGAUUUUUUUAAAAAGAGACCUACCUUUGGUCUGUAUUCAAAAGAUUAUUAUGUAUUCAAAAUUAAAACAAUUUAAGUUUGAAUAGCGUACUUUCACUUCUACGUAAAAAAAAAGGGGGGGGGGGGCAGGUAAUAGGUUCAUUGAUCGAAAAUAUAAUUAAAACCGUAAUACUUUGAAAUAUUUACUAUACAUAUGUUUGUCAAAUCAGCUGAAAUCAACCAGUUAUCUACUUUAUUUAACUUUCCACUUUUUAUUUGUUUUCUCUCAGCUCAAAAAUCAUUUCCAUAUUUUGAAACUAAUGAAGAGGUAACUUGAUAACAAAUCAUGUGUACCACAGCUGGAGUGCAGUCUUUUAAUGCUAGAUUGAUGGGUUAUCUUAUUUUGUGGAGAAAGUUGCUUUAGAAAGAUAAUUCAGCCCAAAAACAAUCUGGAAUGAGUCCAACAGCCACAAGUGAUUUAGCCUUUUUGUCCUAGUUAUUUUUACUCAUGCUUAAAUGAAUACAGAUUAUGUGAUAAUAACAACAGUGCAGACAAAUCCUGCACCUGUGAAAGUAAAAUACACCUACAGUAAUAACAAUAAUGAAUGGUUUUUUUUAAUCAUGCAUCUUUUCACACAUAAUAUGCUAUGCUGCUUACGUUUAAAGGAACAAACAAAGAGGAGCAAAUAAAAAUUAGAAUAAUAAACAGAAAUACAAAAAAGUAUAUGGAUGCAACGAAUAUGUCUGAUCUACUGUCUUCCAAUUGGAAGAAAAUAACAAAAAAUUAAGCAGAUAAACUAUGGUUGAAUUUAUCUUGCCGAUACAGCUUGUAUGAAUGAUUUCAUGAAAUAUGUGCACUUUGUGUUAGAAGGCCAAAUCUUUAUAGCCAUCUUCCUGCUACCUGUAGAAUUUUCUUAUCAAGUGUUUGCAAACCAUUGUUGUUUAUAGUAAGGUGCACAAAUCAAGUUAAACUGCAUGUAUCAAGACAGGUAGCUGAGAACAUAACAUGUUCUCACCAUUGAUAAGAGAAGCUGUGUUAUGAUUUGGUGUAAACUAAGAAGAAUGGUGGUCUCAGCACAGAUCCCUGCUGUACUCCAGUUGGGAACAGCCUCUGCUGUUUAUACAUCUAGAGCAGGGUUCUCAAACCUUGUCCUGGAGGGCCAAUGUGCUGCAGAGUUUAGCUCCAACCUUGAUCAAACUCACCUACCUGUGAUUUUGUAAUGAUCCUAAACACAGUGAUUAGCAUGCUAGGGUGUGUUUGAUUAUGGUUAGAGCUAAACUUUGCAGAAAAAUGGAUCUUGUGGGCCAGAUUUGAGGAUCCCUGAUCUAGAGAAUGAUUUUUUGCCUCUAGUUUUAUCUAAUAUCAUUCUAACAUUUCACAUUUUGUAAACUAUGUCAAAAAGCAUAGCUAAUUUUUUCCCCCACUUUGUGUGCCUGGCUGUUUUUGUUUGUUGUUGUGUUUGCACAGGUGUGUCUUUGUCCAGUAGCCUUAUGGCUGGUUCUGAGACAGAUGCAGCAAAAAGGUGGCAGAAAUGUGUGGACACUGUGCUGUGUGAUCUAACUAAGGAGCAACUGAAAUCUAUUGAAAACAACAGUGAGGAACGGGACUUUUUUGUGGUACAUCACCUGGCAGACCUGAAAGAAUGCUGCAUCUCUCCUCUCAUUCAUGGCACACCUAUCACCUGUAAAGUGGAAAACAACAGAGCGAUACACCACCCGCUCUAAGGUACGUGUGUGCACUCUCUACACGGUCCGUCUGACACAUGGCGAGUUCACAUGGACGGUAAAAAGAAAGUACAAGCACUUCCAGGAGCUCCACAGAGACCUUUACAAACACAAAGUGAUACUGCAGUUCUUGCCCCGGG